AUGUAAACCUCUCAACUUAGUUCACAGCAACAGAUAAGAAAACAGCAAUUUGAAGAAUAUUUAAAUAAGCAGGCAGAUAAAUUAAAAACACUAAAGGAUAGAAGAUAAGAAAUUAAGCUUCAGACCAAAGAUCCUAAAGAAUUAUAAUUGCACGUUCAAAAAGAAUUUCGACUACUUUAUGACAAUAUUAUUCUUCCAAUAAAUUAGAAGGCGAUCAAAACAGAAGAGCAAAUUCAACAAUUAAUUGAUGAAUUUCAAGUGUUAUUUUAAUAUUAUGUGGACAUCAAUUAUGCCUUAAUUGCAUAUGAUAAAUAACAAUAUAAAGAAUAAUUAGACUAAUUAGAAUGUACAAUAUUCACUCUAAGGUCCUAAAUCAUUCCGAGAUAAAAAUUUAGGUUUUCGAAACCAUUUCCAAAAGGGAUUCCACAAUAGAGUAAAAUUUUAGAAGAAAAGCAAAAUGUGUUGGACAAUGAUUCUAUUGUCAUAACUAAAGAGAAUUAUUAGGAAUCAAUAACAUUAGAAAAUGGGUCACUUUUGUUGAAAAACUUAGAAAACACUACCUUUAAAGUUGAAGGAUCGUUAGAUACAUUUUAUUUGCAUAGUCUUAAGAAUCUUAAAGUAUAAUUUGGAGAUGUGAAGGGAAGUGUAUGGGUUGAUAAAUGCUAAAAUUGUGAAUUUUAAGGAAGUAUGCAUUAAUUAAGAAUUCAUGACACUGUAGAUUGUGCAUUUAUCAUUUAUGUCACAUCUAAUCCUAUCAUAGAGAGAUGCUCCAAAUUAUCCUUUUCUAAAUUGGGAAAUAAGGAUGGCAAUUUGUUUGACUAGGUUCAAGAUUUCAAUUGGUUAAAAUAAGAGAAAUCACCAAACUUUAGUGUUAUUUGA